AUGCCAUUCCAUAUUAAUGUCCGUAUUGACAGUAUCCUCAAGUCGGCAGUCUGCAACAUAGAGGCUGUCUCGACUGGGGUCAUGGUUGUCGCAGGCUAUCUCAGCUCUUUCCUGCUCUCUUUUACCAUCAACCGGAUCUUCCUAGCUGCCAUUCUCAUUCCGCUGUAUCUCAGCAAGGUGGCUUUCUCUUUGCUCCCUUCAGCUAUCCAAAACUCCAUUAAUCUCGUGAUCCCCUCCGGCUGGUCGCGCCUAGUUCAAAACACCGAACAGUAUCGAUCCCGAUCGGACACCUUAGCACAUUCCCAGCUCGACGGUUCCUAUCGAUUCAAAGAAGAUGAGGUAUUCCAUGUCGAGAGGGACAGCAGUGGAUGGGCGAAGAGCGCUCCAUGGGCAGAUGAUACCUAUGAAUUCAACGUCUGUGGAGCUACAGUGUUUCCCUCGCUGCUCGAUAGCGGACACGAUGUCUACGCCGUCGACUGGCUGGGCCACGGCCGAAGCGACAAGAUCCUGCGCCCUCAAGCAAUAACAUUCGAACUGCAUAUCCGUACAUUGGUGAAGUUCUUUGAAGUUGCUGAGCUUGAGAAUGCAAUUAUUGCCGCGCAUGAUUGGGGCGGUUGCAUCGCCCUCUGUACCCUCCCCCGGCUGCCAUCGAACACCUGCGACGGCCUCUUCCUGCUAAACAGCUUCUUUCCACCCCGUCUCAGCGACACGUCCCUGCAUUACCGCCUCCUCAACCGCAUCUGGUACUGCACAACCGGCCUCCUGCACGGGUUCCUUCCCCAGUCCGCCGUCCUGCGCUUCCUGAUCCCCCAUCUCUCCAAAGAAGACAUCGAGGCAUACACCGCACCCUACAAGGGCCUACCCCGUUCCUCCAAAUCCAGUAUCGAGCGGUUCAGCCACAUGAUCCCGUCCCUACCCCGGUUCGUCCUGUUCACGCUACGCCAAACCUACAUUUGGAAAGUCCUAGAAGGUCUCGCAGGCCCAAGCCACUUCGACUCUCUAAACAAUCAAGCCCGCCUCUCUGCACAGGGCGACCAGGUGAGAGGGUACUGGAGUGUCGGACAGUACGAUGAUGAGACCGAGGUUAUGCAUGUUUUCGGCGACAAGGACCCGAUUCUUACAGACUACAAGAGUGUUUUCGUGCAGACUAUCAAUCCUGAGCGCGUUGUGGAUUGGGCUGCUAAGGGGGUUUGGAUUGUAGGUGCUGGACAUAUGCCCAUGGAGGGGAAGCCGGGCGAGGUUUCUGGGUUGAUUGCCAAGUUUGCGAGGGCAUCUGAUGGGGUUGCUAGAUAG